AAGGGAUCCGGAUGUAUGGCUUCCCAAAAGAUACCGACAGGAGAAGAAAAUGGUUGGCCUAAGUCAGCAGAAGUAACCUGACCAUCACAAGAAAUUACAAUAACAGGAAACUGUGUGUGGCACAUUUUGAGGGAGAGCAAUUCACAAGAACAAAAAAAGGCCAACUGAAAUUGAAGGCCGAUGCUGUUCCAACCAUAUUUGUGCAUCGCCCUGAGCCCAAGAGGAGGAAGGGUCCUGCUGUGAGAACCACCCCAAAACCUCCAGUACAUGUUCAUGCGGUGGCCAGUGACCACACAUAUUGUCCCAUAAUGAACUUUGAUAUUGAGGGAAUUAGUGAGGGAAGAAAGGACAAGGAAGGUGAAGACUCCACCAGCCUCGCCAUUGCUCCUACAGAAAUGCACUUUGUCAAUGAAAGACCGAACGAUACCUUUCCCAACCCCGGGGACGCAAGGAAUAAGAUUGCCACACCAUGCAGACCUUCUUCGAGAAGACGGCAUUUAACUGUACCACUCACGGAUAUCACAGUGGAUGGGAUCAAGCAACUCAAAGAGGAACACAGAGAUCACCAAGAAACAAAAAGAUCAAUUAAAAAGGAGGUCCUCACCAAGGAUGAGCAUCAGGAGGAGCCGGCACUCUCAAGUGUUGCAGAUGCUCUAGAGGACGUCAGAGCUGUGGUAGCACAGCAGCAGGAAGAAAUCCAAGCUCUUCGAAAGCAACUGCAAGAGCAGCAACACCAGCAACAACAACAACAGCAGCAGCAGCAACAGCAGCUGCAACAGCAACUGCAACAACAGCCACUAAUAAUGAUCCUCCUAGUGUAAGCAUUGUAUUUAGUCCCUGGAUUUAUUACAUGUAUUACACAUUUGGCCAGUCUAACAUUCAGAUGUGUGCAACAGAUGUGCAAAGAGCAAAAAAGGACAAACACGGAGUGUAUGUAUGUGUGCCAUUGCAAAAAUCAAGAAGUCCAAGGUUCUUUCAAACAAAAUCCUAAAAGACAAAACUUAAGAACAUCAGUGAAAUUUGUUUUGUGGUGUGCAUGUUGUCAAAAUUCCAGCCCCACAUAAUUAAGCCUUGAUCAUAUUGCAUCUCGUGUGUACAUCUAGCCUGGUAGCUUAGACCACACCCCAUAUUGGGCUCCGUGUGUUUCCCACAGCAACCUCCUAAGGUGGGUGAUUGAUGAGGUAACUUACUGGUGUAACAGACAUACUCCUCAAUGGCUCCAUGUCCUCCUCUGUCACUGGAUGUCCUUCCCUAGAGAGAAAGUAUUUAUUGAAAGCAUGUUUAGUGUAAUAUGCUGUGGGGUCUAGGGGUUUGAGUUAAGUACGGAGGAGGGGGAUACAAUUAAUACAAAUGUGAAUUAGAUGAGUUGGGCAUGGUUUAGGAGCAGUGGCACUAUGUUUUAACUCAUUUAGGCUUCAUUUUUGAGCAGAAAUGGUCAUGGUGUACUAUGGAACUGUUGACUACUGUGUUCUACUCAUGUACAACUCUAUACUGUAAAGACAUCCCACUAUUGUCUAUUAUGUUUCCAUGUUAAAUGAACGUGAAUAAACUUGGCUGAAGUCA